AUGGCUAAGUCCCUUAUUGAGACGGCCACACCUCAACACAUCCAUUACACGAGCGUCGCUGAGAUACGACGUUGGUUAGCUCAGGACUGGCAAGUCCUCAUUACUCAUAUUUACAGGGAAGCGAACGUUGUUGCAGACUACCUCGCUAAUCUGGGUCACUCUCUUCCUAUUGGUUUGCAUAAUAUUGUGAAUCCGGAUAGUGUUUUGGCUUAUUGGUUGUACCAUGACAUUAUUGGAGUUCAGACACCUCGUUUAGUUAUUGAAUAA